ACCAGCCAUAAAAGAGAACUUACUUUUGACCUCUACGGAAAGCAGGAAAAGGCAAAUUAAAGGCUUCCCCCACCGUCCCAAAAAGGAGAGCCCUAAAGUUAUGGCUAAAUAUCCCUGCAAUAUAUAAUUUCUUCAUCUGCGUUCCCAAUAGAAAUUUUAACAGUCCAUAUUAUAUGGUCUGGAUUUCGGAAGAAUCCGAGGCGUAUUAUAACAGGCGGAUUUAAUUGGCUCAUUUUCAGCUGGGAAUCUGAUCAUCAUGUUGAAUUGAACCGUUGACUGUCAUUUUAAGCUUUGCUUUUGAGAGAUAAAAUUUGGCACGUUCGAAUGGCACAAUAUGAUGAAGAAUAUGAGAAUAUGGGAGAUGACUAUGACAUGGGUGAUUUUGAUGAUGAUGUUGAAGAUGUUUUCCAUGGCCGUGGCAGGGGGGAUCCAAUUGAUACCGACUCAGACGAGGAUGUUGAUGUGAUGAGAAGGUUCUCUGAUACUACAGCUAUGCAAGCCCGGCAUGGGAAGGACAUUCAGGGCAUCCCUUGGGAAAGAUUGCAUUUCACUAGAGACAGAUAUCGUGAAACCAGAUUACAGCAGUAUAAGAAUUAUGAAAAUCUAAAUAUGCCUCAUGAUGCAUUGGAUAAGGAAUGCAAAGAGGUUAGGAAGGAUGGAAAAUUUUAUGAUUUCCACUAUAAUACUAGAUCAGUGAAGUCGACAUUUGUUCAUUUUCAGUUGAGGAAUCUCGUUUGGGCAUCUUCAAAGCAUGAUGUGUACCUAAUGAGUAACUAUUCUCUUAUGCAUUGGUCUUCGGUAAAGAGAAAAAGCACUGAAGUUCUCAAUGUUGCUGGACCCAUCACACCUGCGAGAGAGGUGGAGAAAAAUCCAUGGGCAGUACAAAAAGGUCUCGGGAGAAUCCAAAUUAGUACAAUGUGUGUUAAGGACAAUCUUAUGGUUGCUGGUGGAUUUGAGGGAGAAAUGAUUGCCAAGAAUUUAGAUAGCCAUGGAGUAUCCUACUGUGCAAAGAUAACUCGUGAUGAGAACGCCAUCACCAAUGCCAUUGAGAUCUAUGAUAGUACAAGUGGUGCAACACAAUUGAUGACCUCAAAUAAUGAUUCUGUUGUCCGGAUUUUUGAUACUGAGACAUUUUCUCUACUUGGGCGUUCUUACUAUCCUUGGGCUGUGAAUCAUACGUCUCUUAGUCCCGAUAAAAAGCUUGUUGUUGUUGUUGGAGAUCAUGCAGAUGGGCUGCUUGUAGAUCACCAGAGGGGAAAGGUGAUUGCUACUUUAAGAGGGCACUUGGAUUACUCCUUUGCAUCUGCAUGGCAUCCAGAUGGUCACUAUUUUGCCACUGGAAAUCAGGAUACCACCUGCAGGAUCUGGGAUGCUAGAAACCCAAGCUCUGCAUUGACAGUCUUGAAAGGGCGAAUUGGUGCUAUUCGCUCAUUGAGGUUCACAACCGAUGGCAGCUUUCUGGCAAUGGCUGAGCCAGCUGAUUUUGUACAUGUGUUUGAUGUUCGGCACAACUAUGAACGAAGUCAGGAAAUUGACCUCUUUGGAGAGAUUUCUGGAGUGUCAUUUAGUCCAGAUACAGAGUCUCUUUUCAUUGGAGUAGCUGAUCGAACCUAUGGAAGCUUGCUUGAGUAUAAUCGCUGCCAUGGAAACUUAUAUCUUGAUUCAAUUAUUUAGCCUGCAGAAGUUGCGACUUGCAAGCCCCCUCCAUUAAUAUCUUGGUUCCCAGAGUACACCAUAAGCCUUUAAGUAAUAGUUGGAAAUAAAUUUGUUGAAGGCCUAUAUAUUAAGUGGAAGUUGAGUAAAGUUCAUUAGACUGCUGUUUAAUUGUUUGAGGCAUUGGUAGAUGCAGUGCUUCAGAAUAGAUUUUCGGCAGCAUGUAAAUAGAAGAUGAACAUUGUUUGGAACUUGGAAGUAAUGUUCUGUUUGUAUAUCACAUGCCCGUAACCUUGGUUUUGGAUGGAAAACAUGCUUGCUAUGUCUUCUGUUCCUCUUAACUGUUCGGACAAAACUCUUUAAUGGCAAGUAAUAUGAUAUUGCAUCUGAUGAAUAUGGCCAUCGGGCAGGGGCAAGGUACAUCAAACAUAUGGUGGACAUCAUAUUCUUUUAUACUGAUUAAAUGCCCUUGUGCUUCUUCAGAGUAAUUUAAAGAACAAUCUGACUGGAGCCUUGGUGAAUGAAUGCCUACAGCAGUUAAUUUAUUCAUGGACUCCAGAAUAAUUUGACAGGAGCUGUGAUGAUUAUCAUGCCUUGAGCAUUUGGUAUAGACUUUCUACAUUGGUCUAAGUCUUUGUAAAUUUUGCUAGUUGCAAUGACGUAGGAUAAAAGUGUCUAAAAAUUUGGGUAUCCUGCAUGGAAGUCAAAAAGAGGUUAUAUUAUGUGCAAUUGACUAAUAGAUACAUUUCUAGAAUA